AUGUCCUUGACCAUAGUCAUCUUAAGACCAAUCGUGGCCUUUCAAGGGCGGGGCCUCGCUCUCCAGUACCCCUGGCGGCGCCCGCGGCUCCGGAAACGCUCUGCGGGGCUGCUAGGAUCAGCCGGCCUCUGGCAGCUCCGUGGCGCUUCCUGCCACGCCAGGCCUGCCUGGGCCGCGCCAGAGCCACUCCGCCGAGGCACGCGUGUCAGCUGCUGCCGGGCCCGGGUGAGCGUGCGGGCCACGGGAGGAUUGUGGGUGGUGCGGGAGAGAGUGCGAGGCCGUGGUGAUCACGAGGGCAGCAGAAGGCUGUACCGGCCAGAAAUAAAUGGAAAGACUGAUUAUCCUUGGGAACUCUUUCAGGAUUUGGUGACAUCUGACGAUGUGGCAUGGUACCUCACCAAAAGGGAGUGGCUGAGGCUGGACCCUGAGCAGAGGGCACUGGCAUAUUAUGGGAACGUGACCUCCCUGGGAAUUCCUGUUUUGAAUACUGCCUUGGUCUAUCAUCUGGCACAAGGACAGGUGCUAUUGGUAUCAGACAUUUCCAUCGACAUGGAGCCAGCUAAGUACUCUGAAAACACCUUGGUGGCUCAGCACCAGACAAAGAGGGAAGGCACCCAGCCACAGGAGAUGGCCUCCACAAGCUCCCUGAGAGCCACUGAGCCUACCCCUGAGGUCAAACAGAACGGGGACUCAGAGGGGAGGGGUGGGAGCCCACAGAACCUGCCCAUAGAACAUCAUUUUGCAUGUAAAGAGUGUGGGGACACCUUCCGGCUUAAAGUCCUCCUCGUUCAGCACCAGAGAGUCCACAGUGAGAAGAAGGGCUGGGAAUGCAGCGAUUGUGGGAAGGUGUUCAGGGGGGUGUCAGAGUUUAAUGAGCACAGGAAGAGCCAUGUGACCGCAGAGCCCCGGCCUGGUCCGAGUCAGGCCCUGGAAGGUGCAGGAGAGAAGAGGGGGCAGAUGGAGCUGGAGGUGAAGCCCUUUGAGUGUGAGGAGUGCGGGAAGCGCUUUAAGAAGAACGCAGGCCUCAGUCAGCACCUGAGGGUGCAUAGCCGGGAGAAGCCGUUUGAUUGUGAGGAGUGCGGGCGGUCCUUCAAAGUCAACACCCAUCUCUUCCGGCAUCAGAAGAUCCACAAUGCAGAGAAGCUUUUCGCCUGCAAGACGUGCAGCAGGGAUUUCCUGGAUCGCCAGGAACUGCUCAAGCACCAGCGAGUUCACACCGGCCACCUGCCCUUCGACUGCGACGACUGCGGCAAGUCCUUCCGAGGGGUCAAUGGGCUGGCCGAGCACCAGCGCAUCCACAGCGGGGCCAAGCCGUAUGGGUGCCCCCACUGCGGCAAGCUUUUCCGCCGGAGCUCAGAGCUCACCAAACACCGGCGCAUCCACACUGGCGAGAAACCCUAUGCUUGUGGCCAAUGCGGCAAGGCCUUCCGCCAGAGCUCCAGCCUGCUGGAGCACGCACGCAUCCACAGCGGCGAGCGGCCCUAUGCAUGUGGAGAGUGUGGCAAGGCCUUCCGCGGGCCCUCCGAUCUCAUCAAGCACCGGCGCAUCCACAGCGGACUGAAGCCCUAUGCCUGCGACAAGUGCGGCAAGGCUUUCCGCAGGAGCUCAGGCCUGAGCCGCCAUCGGCGGAUCCACAGUGGGGCGCGGUGCUGCGAGUGCAGCGAGUGUGGCCGUGUCUUCAAGAGGCGCUCAGCGCUACAGAAGCACCAGCCUACCCACCAGGAGUAGAGGAGCCCGGGGCAGCAGCCAGACAGGCCCCAAGGGGAUGGCAGAGUCAAAGGAGAUCAACAGUUUUGUAGUACUUAGUUAUUUUGUCGUCCACUAGGUUGAGACCAAUUUAUACCGCCACCAGCAAUUUCUGAUUGUUCCCCAUGAUGGCCCUCAAAGAUAGCUUUUCCAUUUUAAACUUAGUCUGGCUAGUUUCACUGGCAGAAAGUAUCAUCAAGGUAUUGAAAUUUGCAUGGCUUGAAUCCCAGAGUGAGAGAAGAGAAGGCCAGAUGUACAGGUGGAGCAGGGGACAUGCUCCCCUGCCAGGGAAACACACACACAGCUAUUCCACCGAGGGACCAAUAUAAUAUGACCCCUGCUUUCCCCAAGAGAUCACCCUGAAGCAUCUUAGCCCACUUGAAUUUAGAAAUUUUUAGGCGUGUAAGUAGAACACUCAAAUGUCUUGUAAUAUUUAAUUUAUUAAUUUAGUUAUACUUGCCUAUUAUAAAUCACAUAUAGAAUAAUAUAUUAAUUUAGAAAAUACUCCUUUUGCCACAUUCUGUUUCAUGAAAUCAUUUUAUUCUAACUCCUCAUGUGCAUUUUUGACCUCACUGUCUUCACCAGCAUGGGAGACCCUCAUCAGACAGUGUCAAAGCACAUUCAGUGACUUGGAUCCAAAUUGCACACAGUAGCACCGUGACAAUCUCUGCAUGAGGCUUUCACUACAGAUGUCCUCCCAAGCCAUAAGAGCAUAUUCACAUAACAUUAGAACAACUUUUACCUUGCCCUGUAACUCUAUGAUAUAAGCACUCGGGUUCUUUCUCAGAUGACCUUUCCAAGGCUUUUUAUAAAACCACCAUUGCAAGGUCAUAUUCCUACUGAUGACUGAGUGUAUACUAAUGUCUUGUGUCCUUUCUUCUUAAACCAGUUCAAUCUACUAACCCUUAUACAUAUCCAAAACUAGCAUCAGUUGGGGUUGUCUUGGACUAAUGAAUCUAGUCCUCAGCAGCAGCAUUUUGUUCUAAAUGAAGUAGUUGAGCUCAUCCCCCAAUAAGAGAUAAGUCUCAAGUACUCACAUAUAAGGUGACACCUCCUUUUUGGAAAUAAGGCCUAAAUGGUACUUCCCCAGCCCUGUUUCCAACUCUGUAAAACAGGGGUCAUCAUAGCACUUACCUCCUAAAGACUGCAUCGUGCCUGCAGAACAUGGAGGCAUAUGCUCAUUGAAGGCCAUCUGCUGUCAUUGUCAUAGUUAUUGCUGUCAUUCUAAGGUUUAUUAGUACCAGCCCUCCUGACUGCUAGUCUUACCCUCUUUCUCUCAUGUGAUGACUUGAACACCAUCUCAGUUUUCUUGCAUGCAGAUUGUAAGUUCAUCUCCUUUGACUAGUUAUCAGGUUACAUUUGGACAUGUUGACUUUAUAUAUCAGCUCUUUCUCUAUUGACU